AUUUUGGCUUAGCUAGAAUUUUCAAAGGAGACAAAAAUCAAGAAAAGACAAACAGAAUUGUUGGAACACUGUAAGUAUACCUGCACAUUAAAGAGUGACAAAGAGUCAUUGCUAAGAAUACCAUUCUUUCUCACAUCAAUCAAACUGGAAGGAGCAUUAUGACUAUAUCUUGUUUUUUUUUUCUUUCAUAUGUAGUGGCUACAUGUCCCCAGAAUAUGUGGUUUUUGGAAAAUUUUCAACAAAAUCUGAUGUGUUCAAUUUUGGAGUCAUAUUAUUUGAGAUUAUUACAGGAAAGAAAAGCAAUGGCUUUUGUCAAGGGGAUUCUAGCCUAAGCUUGAUAGGCCAUAUAUGGCAAUCAUGGAAAGCAGAGAGACCGUUGGAAAUAAUUGAUUCAUCCCUAAAGGAUUCAUAUCCUCCCCAUGAAGUAUUGAGAUGCAUCCAAAUCGGGCUGUUGUGCGUGCAAGAAGAUGCAUUGGACAGACCAACCAUGUCAGCUGUCGUGGUAAUGUUGAAUAGUGAAAUUACUCUUCCUUCUCCUAAACAACCUGCAUUCGUUUUUAAAAAUUCUAGAAAUAAUUCUUACUCAUUAAUAGAUGAAGAACAAUUUGGUUCGGUGAAUGAAUUGACAAUUAGUGACAUUGUAAGCCGUUGAUUAUAUUGUUAUCCAUAGCAUUGUAAAAUAAUAAUAAAACAAUUAAGCCUUAAUCUCAAAUUACUUGGUGUCA